GUUUUAAAUUUUAAUUAAACCACUCAGUUUUGACAGCCCAAACUCACCAUUUUCAAAUGUAUAAUGAUCCAUUUUCUACGGUCCGUGAAACAGUUCUUUUUUACUGUCGGCUUGAGUAAAGCUUGAGGUUUUAAAAAAUGACCAAUUCAAAGGGAUAUAGGAGGGGAACUAGGGACUUAUUUGCCCGAAAGUUCAAAAAACAUGGAGUGAUUCCACUGUCCACUUACAUGAAAGUUUAUAAAAUUGGUGAUAUUGUUGACAUCAAAGGUAAUGGUGCAGUACAAAAGGGUAUGCCUCACAAGGUUUAUCAUGGGAAAACGGGUCGCGUGUUUAACGUCACUGCUCAUGCCUUAGGGGUAAUAGUCAACAAAAGGGUACGUGGGCGAAUUAUCCCUAAAAGGAUCAAUGUAAGAAUUGAACAUGUAAAUCACUCGAAAUGUAGACAGGACUUCCUGGAACGAGUUAAGCAAAAUGAAAAGCUUAGAAAGGAAGCCAAAGAGAAAAAUAUUAAAGUUCAACUUAAACGACAACCUGCCCAACCUAGAGCUGCUCACAUUGUUAGCGGUAAAAAUGGAUCGAUAAAUUUGGCACCAAUUCCUUAUGAAUUUAUUGCUUAAUAUCACUGAAUAAAUGUUACUAAAAA